UUAGAGGCGAAAAACAAGAAAAAAAAAAUAUUCUGAACCAAUGGACUGCAGACAUAGUACAGGGGAUGACCAGAGACUGCGGACACAGUACAGAAGAUGACCAGAGACUGCGGACAUAGUACAGGAGAUGACCAGAGACUGCGGACAUACUACAGGAGAUGACCAGAGACUGCAGACAGUACAGGAGAUGACCAGAGACUGCGGACACAGUACAGGAGAUGACCAGAGACUGCAGACAGAGUACAGGAGAUGGACCAGAGACUGCGGACAUAGGACAGGAGAUGACCAGAGACUGCGGACACAGUACAGAAGAUGACCAGAGACUGCGGACACAGUACAGGAGAUGACCAGAGACUGCGGACACAGUACAGGAGAGGACCAGAG